AUGUCUUCAAGAAAUUAAUCACCUAGAGGAACAGCAACUCCAUAAAAAAAAGUUUAAAUUCAGACUUAGUAGGCAAAUGGUGGGAUAAAUUCAUAACCUAAAACACCUAAAUCGCCAUCAAAAGUCAGUUCGAGUAAAGGUGGAAGUAGAUCACCACCUCACUCUCCAAGUUAGCCGUCAAGAUAAAUAGGAACAUAGCCAUCAGGUAGUAGAAGAUAAUCUCCGUAAAGUGGUUAAAGAUCAUCUUCAAAAAACAUAAGAAAGUAAUCUUUAAAAGGGAAAUAAGGUGAAAAAUAACCACCUGGGAAUCAGGAUGCGGCUUCUUAAAAGAAUAAUUCAAAUAACAAUAAUAAAGUAUUUUAUGAUAAAAAUGAAAUAAGGGAAGCAAUGAGUAGUCCAAAGUAAUUAGAGGAUUAUUGGAAUUACUAGGAAAGCGUUUAAAGAAGAGUUUUAGAUUAUAAAGAAAAAGCAGAUUAAAAUCUUAGAAAAAUAAGUGAGUAUAAUGAUAAAUUAAGGAGAAUUUAACAAAAAUGCUUUGACUUUGAUUCAGUGAGAGAUGAUAUAUAUAGUUAUAAAUCAUAAAAAAGGUACCAUAAAUCUGAAACAGAAGAUAGUUUUUAAUAAACGAAUGAAGACUAAUAUGAUAAAAAGGGGUAUUCUACAUAAGUAAAGCUUUCUCCUUCUAAUUAAAAGCAAGUUGGAUUUGGCACAGAUAGAAAUAGGAGUUAAGAUAGAUAAGCUUUACAAUACAAAAUAUAGCAGCAUGAAGCAUAUGAAAAGAUACUAAAUAGUAAACUUAAAAAUGAAUAAAAUUUGAAUGAUCUUGUUGAAUUAGAGAAGAGUAUCCAGCUUGAAAAAAUGGGUUUGUAGUAUUUCUCAAAAAAGAUGGAAGAUUAAAUAUAUUUAAAGUAAUAAAUUAAUGGAGAAGAUUCCUUAAGGCUCAGUAAUGAUUUAUAUAAUUAAAGUCCUCCUAAGAAUCUUAAAAAGCAUGUUGAAUUGUAAUAAGAUAAUAUGCCUGAAGAAUUUUUAUAAUACAAAAAAAGAAGAAAUAGUACCACUAAGAAUCAAAACGAUAGAUUUAAUACAUUUUAAACAUACAAUGAUAAAAAGUUAGAGGAAGAAAUACAAAAUUCUCAUUUAAAAGAAUAAUAUAAAAAACAUUAAAUAGACAGGUCAUAAUUGCUUACUCCUGAAGAGAAUGAGCUUAUUUCUUCAUAUGAAAAAAAGCUAAAAUACUCACCUAAGUCCUCUAAAAACCAUAAAGAUUUAUCUAAUGAAAAAACACCUAAUAGCAAUCAUAAGUAUGAUACUAAUAGAUUAACAAAUCUAUAGUAUAAGUAUCUACUUGAAAAACAUGAUUAUGAAAAAUUUUUAAAUGGGAAGCUCGAUGUUGACGAAAAUACAAUUAAUAAAAGUAAUGCUUUUCAUAACUAAAAAAACAAUUAGAAUGGAUUAUAUUAUUCUGAUGGAAAAUACAGAAAAAAGUCUAUCACAAGACUAGAUACGUAAUAGCACGAUAACAUCAUAAGAAACAGAUUAGGUUUAACUGAGGAUUUAAGUAAUGCUGCAUCAAGAAAAAGCAAUCACUAUCCUCAUUCUAGCCUGUAAUAGCAAAAGGGAGAAAGAAUGAACACAAAUGAAACCAAUUUUACGUUUUUGCCAAAUAUUUAAGAAAAUAGAAGAGUUUCUUUAGAUACCAAUUAAUUAAAUUAAAAUAAAUAUUUGAGAAAUUUAGAAAUUGAGAAUCUUUUUUAAAAUUAAUAAAAGAGUAACAUAUUCUAAAGGUAUAGCACCCCAACAAAUAAACAUUACAUUUAUAAUAAAUCUUGA